AUGGUGAAGGGCUCCUGCAAUCCAGGUUUCGGACGGGGCGGCGGCGGCGGCAGCGGCGGUUCUAACAAGCCCGCGGCACCCUGGUCCUCAGCGGCGAAAGGCACCGCGACACUGCGGCACGGUGCUACACGGCACGGCUCGGCUCGGCUCAGUGCUCCCAGAGCCCGUCCCCCACCCCUGCCCGCCCGAGCCCCACUCGCUCCCUGCCUGCCCUGUUGCUACCGGGUCUUAGCGCCCGGCAGGGCAGCACCGCCCGUCGGCCCGCCCGCCCGCCCGCCCCCGGGAGCCGCCGAGGGGCCAGCGGCCCUCACCCCCCGGCCCCCGCCACCGCCCCGAGCCCGGCGGACGCUGGGCUACGCCCGCCGAGGAGGCUCCACGCUGAUAAGAGGCCCGGGGAAGCGACUCGGGGACUUUGUGCCCUUCUUUCCCGGGGCCGCUCGGCGGUGCAGAGCUGCCAAAGGCGGCUGGUCCCACCCUUGCGCCCAGCGCUCCCACCCACCGCUACGGAGAAAGGCUCAAAGUUCACCAUUGUCCUCGCGUACUUGCAAAUAUUUAGCCAGUCGGGAAUAUUCGCCCCGCCGGGUUUGUUGGCUGCGGGAUCCCAGGAGCGGCUUCACCGGCCGUGGCUACCUGCCGGCAGCGCCCGGCUGCCAGGAGGACUCUCAGCAGCUGAGCGGGGCGCGCAGCGCCGCAUCCCGCUGCAGUCCCGCUUUACUGCCGAGACUCGCGGGGCUAGACCGGGCACAGAGGAACCGGCGGAGCCCGGCCCCGAGCAGCGCUAGGACCCGUCAGGCCAUGGCGCCCGCCGGGCAGGGGCGGAGAUCUCGGGGUCAUCGGGACUCCCUGGCUCCCCUCUGCUCGGUGGUGAUCGCCCGGGACCCGUCCGCUCUCUGCUGCCCUUGCUGUCGGUCGGUCAAGCCUGGGGGAGCUGCCCUUCUGGGAAGAGACCGCCCGAGCCCGGCUACUUGCUGGCCAGCGGCCCCGGUGCGCCCGCAGCGGCAGCCCAGUGCGGUGCGAUUUCCCAAAGUGCACACACAGCUAUCUCGAGCAGUGUCGGGAGCGGACCGGCUUCGGCGUUUACCCGAGAUAAACCCCGGCGCAGAGGGAUCCCGGGCCCCGCUCCCCCCGGCAGUAGCCAGGCUUGGGAGAAGGGGGGACUCCACGGGAUUGGAGUGAGGAGCUGCAUGUCUCACCCAUCGCGACUCCUCUCUCCCUUGCA